AUGUCGUUCUCCACGACAAGCCACCUCGAAAACCCGUCCAUCCGCCUCAGCGACAGUAUCGUUGGCCGAGUCUUACCUCGCGUUCAUGUUGGACGUCACCAUGCCCGAAUUGCAGGAGCCACGAUUCCAACACUGCCAACACCAAUCAAGGCUGAUGCUACGAUGGUCUCUCCGUUUGUCGCACGAGCUCUGGGAUACAAGCUGCACAACAUUGAUGCGGCAACGGGAGGUGCAGUGCCCCGACCGGUGCCAAGCUCAUACAAUGCUACCAAUACGAUGAGCCCAGGCACAACGAGGGCGACAGGGAAGCGAAAAAUGUCAGCUUAUUACAGCUCGGCGCUUCGUCGUCAACAAUGCCGGGCAAACCAAGCUCGCUACCGCGACAGACAGCGCAACGCUCAAACGCAACUCGAGAAAAGUGUGGAACAGUUGCAACAGGAGGUUGGUAGUUUGAAGCGCAAGUAUCGGGACCUGUCCUCUCGUAAGAGGAGCAACCAGAGCCCAUGGCGCGUCGUGGCUGAGGUCUUCAGCUUGUUUGAAAGUAGUUUCAAGUCGCCCUGGCGCAUGGCUACUGCUCAAGAUAUCAAGACGGAAGCGGAGACCCGGCAGAUCUUGGCCAUCUUGGAGAGAUCCUUUACUCACGACGCGGCUAUGGGAAAUUUGGUUGGGGUUGAUGCGUUAUUGGAGCAGCUUCAGUACUUCUCGCAGUACUUUGGCAAGCCUCACCUGAAUCUCCAGCGAAUAGAGGCAGUGGCGCCUGGAGUGAUGGCUGCCAACUCUACUCUAAGUGUGACGGUGUCAGUGCUUGCCCUGCGGUACAUUUUCCCACACCUCAUGAAGCACCGUUACGACGACUAUGAUUCAGAGCAUCAGCACGGUUCGCUGUACCAACGCCUCCUAGGCAAGCGCCUCGAAUUUGGCAUUACUAUGACCUUCCUAUUGGACACGGAGAGCUGCCGUGUUGUACGCUUAGAAACCAAGAUCGAUCUGGUGAUGGGACUGCUUCGGCCAUUAGGGAACCUAAUCGACGUCUCGAGUGUCCUGGAACAUGCUCACAUUACAUCCGAGUGUAUUGUUACAGGUGGCUCCGAUUUUGGCCAGCAUUAGCGAUAUUUACAGUUUAGCUCGCGUUGCCAUUGAUCGUGACAGUGAAAUGGGAAAUACUUGUCUAAACAA